AUUUGACAGUAGACAUCAACAAGUAAAUUUUUGACACGAACGCUAGACCUGGAUCCAAUAUUUUAAUGUUUGUAGUCAGUUUUUUAUAAUUAGAUUAUAUUUAUUAUAAUUGCCAAUUAAAAAUUUUUACUGUUUAUUCUCAAACGUAUUUACGUAACAUGGCAGCUCAAGUAGAGAACCAGGAUUUAUUAGAUAUGGAAAAAUACUACGAAAAUUACAUUCUUAUUGAUAUUGGUGCUAAUCUCACAAAUAAAAAGUAUAGUAGGGAUUUAGAUUCAGUUAUACAAAGAGCUAAAGAUUCAGGUGUUAGAAAAAUUAUGGUAACUGGAACUUCCGUAAAAGCAAGCAAAGAGGCUCUUAGGUUAACCCGAAUAUAUCCAGAUACCUUAUACUCUACAGCAGGUAUACACCCUCAUGAUGCAAAAUCUUAUACAGACGAAUCAUGGGAUGAGUUAAGGCAUAUAGCAAACAAUACAGAGUGUGUAGCAAUUGGAGAAUGUGGAUUAGACUACAACAGAAAUUUUUCGGAUCCAGAAGAUCAAAAACUAGUGUUCAGAAAGCAUGUCGAAUUAGCCAUUGAAACGAACAAACCAAUAUUUGUACACGAACGAGAUGCCCACGAAGAUCUACUGAAGGUUCUAGACGAAUACAGUGCUAAGUUACCCCCUGUUGUGAUACAUUGUUUUACAGGUACUCAAGACCAAGCUCUAGCAUAUCUUGAUAAAGGGUUUUACAUAGGACUAACAGGAUACUUAUGUAAAGAUAAAUCAGACGUUGGAGUGCGGAAGCUUCUGGAAUCAGGAUCUUUACCUCUAGAUAGGUUAGUUGUUGAAACAGACUCCCCAUUUAUGUAUCCCAAUACUCGUGCCUCCAAAUUGCCAGAUCAAGUUAAGGAUAGUUUAACAGAAAGAUCGAUGAUGUUUCUGCACCGUUAUUGUACAUUUCAACGGAACGAACCUUGCUCAUUACCCGCCAUUGUCGAAAUGAUAGCAGCUUUUAUGAAAAAGAAACCGGAAGAGGUAGCGUUAGCGACAUCUUUUAAUUCUAUGAAAUUGUUCGGUUUAUCGUAAUUGUUGACAAAGGCAGAUAUAAAAAGAUGAUAUAUGAUAUGUCCGAAAGGACAAUAUAGAUCGAGGUUUAUAUCUUGCUGAUGAUUUUUUAUAUUCAGCCCUAUUUCAAAACAUCUUUUUUGUGUGUGUGCUUUCGUUGGCAUUGUUAAUAAUAAAAAUGAUCUGUCAACAAAAAUAUGUCACUUUUAAAAAAUAUUAUCACAUUAUUCGUCUGAGAUAAGGCUGAUAGUUGUUAAAUUUUUGGAAUUUAAUUUAAAGUUGCCAUUUAUAUAUAUUUUUGCUAUUUUGAAGUUAUAUUUAUACAGAUACACAUAUAUUUUUAUUACUUAUUUUUCAUUAGGGCUUCCAAAAUUACGGAAAUGCCAAUUAUGUAACUAAUUACGCAGCUUUUUCCUCCAAAUAUGUAAUUACGUAAUUUUUCCUAUUUUUCUUUAUAUCGACUAUGAAUUUUUGUAAAUUCUGUAGAUAGAGUAUCUACAAUUUUUACAAUUAUCUUUUACUAUCUCAAAUUCAAGGAAUUAUCAAGAUGAACACAAUAUUUGACCAAAAAAAUAUUUAUUUAAGAACUUAUCAUCGUACAUCAGUUAAGUUAAACCAUUUUGUUUUGUCACCCAGGGAACUUCUUAGUUCAGUUCAAAAAUAUUGGGCGGAUGUAAAGGCUCUCUCGGUUUCAAUACUGCAGUCAAAAAAACGACCACCGCCAAAUGACAAAAAAAAUACUAACAAACAAUCAUUAUUCUAAAAAACAUUGAGGUUGAAAGACACAAAGUAGACAAAUUUUGAAAGAAAAGAAGAGAUCACAAGAAAAAUGAAAAUACGAACAAACAAUCAGUAUCUUGAAGAACAUUGAAGUUGAGAGGCACAUUUUGAUAUAAAAUUGAUAUUUCAUGAAUUUGAAGGAUGAAUUUUAGAAGGAAAAUUAAAAUAUUUCAAGGAUUCAAAGCGAAUAUAUCACAAAAAUUGAAGUUGGGAGACACAAAGUAGAAAACUUUUGACAUAAAAUUGAAGAUAUUUCUUGAAUUUGAAGCAAUAAGAUUGAAGGAGGAAUUUUGGAAGAAAAAUCGACAACUUAAAGCGAACGGUUCCUCCGUUUAAUGUUAAACUGAAGUUUAAACUACCCCCAGACCGUCGUUAACGUUUAAACCGUAGUUUGUCGGUAAACGCCAUAUAUAAUCGAUAUCUGUAGUUUAAUCUGACGUUUUAGGUUUAAACUUCAAUUAUAAUAGAACUUUUUUUGCAAGAUAUAACUAACGAUAAAAUAAACUGCGGGGAAUCCCCUGUUUGUAUAGUGUUGCCACAUUAGGUAUAACUGGUACUUAUAAUGCUUUUUUAUUGGUUGACUAUUCUGAUUGAUUCAAUACCUAACCUAACUUAACCAACAAUUACAUAAGUACAGAAUUGACAUCUCCAGUUACGGAAUUUAAAAUGAGUUCGUAAUUACGUAAUGGAAGCCCUAUUUAUAACACUAAGAGUACAUAGAUACUCUUAGUACAUCUAUAAACUGACGGUUCCUUUAGUAAACGUUGAACUUGCCUUACGAUAUAUUUACAAAAAAAAAACUGAAUCAAAUUCAGUUGUCUUUUUAAUAGUUUGUAGCAAAUUGUAUCAAAUAUAUUUUAGUUUUCAAUAAAAACAAUUGUAGAGUUUAUAGAGCAAGAACCAGCGGUAAAAAACGUUAAAACUGUGGAAUUUUGUUAAUCUACUUCGAUUUUUAUGAAAAUUUGGAUUUAAGCUCUACUUACUUACGAAAUCUACCCUGUCCCGAAGGAAGGGUGCUUUUUAUUUUUAAAACGUGAAAACUAUCCCUUAUUGUAAAAAAAUUUAAAAUGUUCUAUUUUACCAUGUAUUUGAGUAAAAUACAGUUUAAAUGAAUUAUUCGUAGAUCUGUUGAUAUUUUCAAAAAAGUUUUUGAUUAAUUGGACUCAUACAACCCCUUCAAACGCCAUCCUCUGAGGGUAGUAAUAUUGAAAACUUUUUUUUCUCAAAGACACUUAUUAUAAUCCCGAUUUUCAUGAAAAUUUGAUUUCAAGCUCUACUUCUACGAGAUCUUCCCUGUGCCGAACCGGGCUUUUUUUAUAUUUUGGAGAGGUGUAAACUACCCAUUAUUGCAAAAAAAUUUAAAAUCUCACGAUUUUAUGCAUGUUUCGGGUAAAAUGAAGUUUAAAUGUAUUAUUCGUAAAUCUGUUGGCAUUCUCAAACACGUUUAUGAUCAAUCAGGUUCAUGCAACCCCUCCAAAUCAUCCCCUAAUCAUAUGAAAAGUUGAAAAAUAAUUUCAACGAUUUUUUUAUAAUUAAAAAUUAUGCAAAAAUGUAUUUAUAUUGAAUUGAGAAUAUUAUGUCAGUAUUUUUGAGAAGCAAAAGCACCCUUCCGCACAGGGUAGAUUUUAUUAAUGUUAUAAAUACUACCUUCAUACCAAUUUUCAAGAAAAUCGACCUCGAUUAUCAAAAUUACAUGGGAAAUUGGCUGGUACCUGGCCUAUUAGAUUUUGUCUUUGAGAACAGUAAAUUAUUAUUGGGAUAUCAAAACAUGAGGCUGGAACUUCAUUUAAUGGAGAUCCCUAGUCCCAAACAAAUUUCAGAAGCUUAUAAAUGAUAUUUUUCCCAUUUUACACGUUUUUCAUUAUAUUUUGGAUUGUAAUUUAGAUUAUAUGUACAAGGUGUCUAACCUAACUUCAGUUUUGUGUUUGAAAAUUCAUUUUGCAAAUUUUGACAAUUAGCCUCAUUUUUAUUUUGCGGAAUUUUCCAAAUAUAAUGAUUUUUGAAUAAAAAUAUUUCCCAAACCGUACAGAAAUCAAAUAGGUUGAUUUCAUGAUAAUUACCUUUUUACCACCAAAUCAAAAAAAUGCAGUAAAAUUUAGGGUGUUCCAUAUAAAAUUCCGAUACAGAAGUAUUGGGACACCCUGUAUAAUUCAAAAAUUCCUUUAAAUAAACAAAACUUUUGUAAUUAAAGUUUUUUGAUAACUCUUACAGGUUUUGAAGAAAGUAUAUGGGUAACCUUAUGUUUGACACCUUGUACAUAGUAUUUACAUUGUUGUCAUUUUUAUGGUAAUACUACAAAUGUUAUUGUUUAAAAUUAAUUAUUGUGUAUAUUUAUUUAUUUUUAAAAAUUUUGAAAUAACACUCGUUUUCCAAAUUGCUCAGCAGGUGCUACAAGUUUCAUAUUUAUCAGUAUGUUGUAUGCAUAUCAUAUAAAUGUGAAAAAUAAAAUUCUAUUUUUGAA